AACUUGUACUUCAAUGAGGUGCGGCCAGUAAUGCUGCAAGAAAACCGCACCGGCGAUGAUGUGGCAGUUGAUUCAUUUUUUGUGUCAAGUAGUGGGAGAUCGAUUUAUAAUCCCUCCAACGACUUAAAAAGACUACAUGACAAAUACAGUCUUCCCAGUGUGACGUGUGGCGAUGCCCAGAGAGCAUUUGAGGCAGCAGCACAAAACCUGUCAGAAGUGGAGAGAAAUGUGGCAGCUGAAAGGAACUACAUGAGGAGAACGUCUUCAGAUCCGUUUCUGGCUCUAAGUGUGCUAGAUCAGCUCGCUGGGAAAACACCACAAAGGUCCAGUAGAGCUUCCUGCUGUGAGACAAGGGUGGACGAACAGACGGCCUACAAAACUCUUGAGCAGUUCUGUCCAGUGACUCUGGAGGGGCCUCCUCCAAAAAGGGCACGCAGGACUGAGCUGUGUGGCUCAGAACAUGAGAGGCACUGCUAUGACCGCUGGCGUAGCGAGCAGCUCAAGCUGCGUGAACAGCAUGCUCUCGAACACUUUACUGGACAGCAGCCAUCAGAGUCCAAAAUAAGCCGCUGGAUGGACAAACAAGGGUGGACGUCAAACGUCCCACAGGCUGCAGUGGUUCUGAAGCAGUGGAAGCCUGUUGCCAGGUUGGACUUGGUUAUCGACAGCAGCUUUGUGAAAAAAAUGAUUUUGUCUCAACGCUGGAAAGGACUGACUGUCAGGCCCGUCCCUGACAAGGGCGAUGGUGUUUUCACCAAAAGACCCUUUCAGAUCGGGGAGGUUGUCUGUGAAUACCACGGCAAGCUGGUUAGCCAUGAAGAUGGGAUGGCAAUAGCUUCGACAAGCAGCAUCAGAGCUGGCCAUUUGUUUUUUUAUAGGAACAAGCAACAUGAAGCCAUGUGCAUUGACGCACAUGAAGAAAGUUGCCAGUGCCAUCCCAUGAAGUUCAAUUAUGGACGCCUGAUCCGUCACUCCAGCAAAAGAGCCAAUAUCCGGCCCAGGCUGUAUGUCCUUAAUGAUAGAGACAUCAUUCUCUUCAUUGCUACAAAAUACAUUUCGAGUGAUGAGGAGUUACUCUAUGAUUAUGGCUCAAAGAGGAGAUCUUUUGCCGGGAAAGGGCUGGAAUUGGACUGGAUGUAAAACAACAUCUUUCCAUCCCCCAUACUGACUCACUUCUAACAUGUCCAACUCCAAGUUUCCACCUGUGGCCAUAUUCUCUUCUCAGUGAUGGACAACCAUCACUGCUCCUCUCACCCUGUACCCAGUACUCUUUCUGCACUGCCAAGCAACAACAUUGCUCUCCAAAUAGAGACUUGGUUGUAAUAGGUUGAAUGAGUGGGCCUUACAAACCAUUCACCUUUACUUCCAGAGAAUUGUAUUUUCUCUUGUCUUUUGCUCUUUUUUUUCAUAAGUUUUCUUUAUGCAAUAGUGAGAGUGUGAGUAGGCUACUCCAUAUUCUCUCCUCUCUCUCAGGAUUCUGUACAACACAUGUGGAAUUACAGCCUGGUAAGUACGCUCAAACUGCGCUUAACCCUCCCUUACACCCAUCUUUAAGUUUCAACCAAAUUAUUGUGCACUUUCUGGUUGUCGUCUUCUUUUUGUUUCAGAUUACCAAGGCUUUUAUGGUCAGCAGACAUGCACCUCACUGCUGAGAAUUAACCUGGCAUCUUAAUUCUUCAUUACCUAUGUUGUCUCUAUGUUGUUUGAUUAAUGUUCAGAUUUUGUUCAUUUGGUUGCACUUGUAUGUACUGGAAGUUGUUUAUUUUCUUUAGUGUUGUUAUUACUUGAUAUUACUAUUAUAUAUACAGUCUUCUAAUGUGCUGUUAUUUCACAUUCUUAUUAAAAAGUUGCAGAAAUGACCCAGAAUCACACA